AUGAAAGUUCUAAAAGUAUUAAAUUUUUUUACUUACUUACUAAUUGUCGACUUAUUUAUCCCAUGCUUAACAUCUGAACCUACUAUAUAUAAUCAUAUUACUUCCUCUCUUUUAGUAAAUGAUAAAGAGCUCGUAAGAGUUCAUGCAAACAGUACGAGUUUUGUUAUUCCUACUAAUUUAAUUAAUUUAGUUUAUGAUGCUUUGGAGGAUGCUGAAAUAAAAUUUAAAAGACUUUCUUCCAAUCAGAAAAAGGAAAUUGUAAAUGGAUUAAAUGGUACAUUAUCUAUAGUCCGUGCAUUUCUAAAAAAGAGAAAUGAAGAACCUUCAAAAUGUACCAUAAGACUUAUAACGAAGUUCAUUAUGAAUGAAUUUCGUCGUAUUAAUGACAGAACACCCGAGAAGGAAAAGAAGGAGAAAAAAUGUUUUCAAGAACAUAUGGAUUAUUGGAUGAAAAUUAGAUAUGAUUAUAAUAGUAUUAAUAAAGAUAUGCAUAAUAUAUUGUUUAAUGAAAAGAAAACUAUAAAUAAGGACAGUAAAUGGAAACAAUUAAUGUGGGACAAAUGGAUUAAUUCAUUCCAUAGAUAUUUCAUGACAGAAAAUAAAAGGUGCCAUUUAGAUUUCAUAUGCAUGAUGCAGUACGGAUAUGAUUAUAAUGCAAUUAGGAAACAUUAUUCCAAAAUAAAAGCUCUUUGGGAAAAAGAUAUGUUACAUAUGUGGUCUGAGUGGAAUUUUUAUUUGAAUAAUUCUUUGAAAGAAUUAGAAAAAGAAGAGAAGGAUGAAUCUUAA